AUGGCCAUUUUGAACCGGCUCUGGAACAUCAGGCGUUGGGAGCCACUCCAGGGCCCCCUGAAGUGGGUCCCCACCCUGGGCGAGCUGCAGAAGACCCUCCAGAAGGGCGAGUACUUGCCCCUCCGCCCGCUGCCCAUGUUCGAGAGUAACUUUGUCCAGGUGACCAGUCGAGGGGCCCCAGUGUAUGUGCACCACAGAACCAACCGAGUGACCAUGGGUGUGGCUGCCUCCCUGCCAGGCCUGGUGUUGCCAGACAUCCUGCUGAUGGCCCAGCCCCCCCGCGGCAGGGAGCGCUCCAGCCUCGUCCUCACCAGGAUGAUCCCGCUGGACCUGGCCCACCUCUACGUCCACGACCUGUCUGCCUGGCACCUGAAGCUGCGCCUGGUCAUGGGCCGCCGCUAUUACCUGGAGCUGGACGCCCCUGACAAUGAGGUCAGCUUCCUGUUUGACUGCUGGAUCCGCCUCAUCAACCUGCUCCAGCAGCCCGCCACCUCCUGGGCCCCCAGGACCCUCCACACGCCCCCCAUGGACCCGGGCCACGUGGCAUCUCCAGGGGGAGAGAACAGGGGCUGGAUACCUGGGUCUGAGGAGGGAGGGGCUGGGGCCUGGGUCUGGGCAUCUCCACUGGCCUUGACCAUCCUUCCCCUCCCCUCCAUCUACCUACAGGGGUGCUCUGAUUCUGAGGGGGCCACAUGCCUGGCAGGUUUACUUGAGACCCCUUCACUCUGUAUCUCAGAGGACAGCCCUGAAAUGCCCUUGCUGGGCUCCUGUGAUCACUUGCAUAUGUACCCGUGGCAACAGAACAUGGACGACCUGAUGGACCCGGAGGCCAGCACGUUGUCCAGGUCCUCCCUCUGCCCAGCCGCCUACCCUCCUGACUUCCGCAGGUGCAACGAACAGGCCAGGCCUCUGGACUCCGUGCAGAGACUGUGGCCGCCGCCCUCCCAGAAGCCCCCAGCCAUCCCUGCUGCCUCUUGUAAGGCUCCAUUCAUCCUUGACCAGUCCCAGAAGUUCUUGGCUGUACCUGCUCCAUCCCGGAAAGCGCCAGCUUUUCCUGCUGCUCCCCAGGAGGCCCCAGCCACACCUGCCCCAUCUCAGAAGGCCACACAUGUAUUGGCUACUCCCCACAAGGCCCCAGCCAUGCCUGCCCCAUCUCAGAAGGCCGCGUAUACACUUGCUGUUCCCCCGAAGGCUGUGUCCCCCCCUGCUCCAAACAGGAAAUCUGUGUUCCUACCUACCCUGUCCCAUAAGGCUCUGACCUUACCUACCCAAUACCAAAUGACAUUGGACCCUGCCACCACUGGCGUGUUGCCUGCGGGAAGUCACGGAGGAGAUGUGCUUGAGAAAAGCAAGCCUGAAGGGAAGCCAGAGCUGGUGUUGAUGGGCACCCAGGAGACAAACAUAGUAGAGGUGAGGACUCAGAAAACAUCCCUGGAGCUGCCUUUCACCACCACCGAGAAGGAGUCGGAGGAAGUCCUGGUCAGCAGAGCCCAGGAUGUCACCGCGGAUGGCUUGAAGGGCAAGGGCAAGUUGGAGGACAAAGUCCGCAGGAUGAAGGAGGAGAUCUCUCUGGACAUGCUGGGCUUCAAAUCCAAGGAGGUGGGGCAGCAGCAGAAGUGGAUCAAGACCCAGGAGCUGGCCAUCGAGGAAGCCCCACAGGGGCAGACCGGGCCCUUCUCAGUGGAAGGGCUCACCCGUGCCAAGCUGAUGAUCACUGCCAGUUCCAAGGAUCCCUCCUUGAGAUCAGCUCUGUUCAAUCUGCCCUCCUGGCUCUCAACCCAGCAGGGGUCUGCCAUGCCAACUAUGGACACGGUACCCCUCAGCACCACCAAGGUGUCCUUGCUGGAGGAGAUGCCGGUGGUGGUCAGGGAGCAGCCACAGUUGGGGGCCUGGGCGACGGGGAACACGCAUCCAUGGGUGGAGGUGGAGGAGGUGCCCCGGGACCCAAAGGGGCCUUCCAAAGCGUCCCCCUUCCCCAAGCGUGCCACCAGCAGCCCCAAGAUGAAUGCUGCCUCCCUGACUCCCAUCUCUCUGCCCUCAGCGAGGUGGGAGGACAUAACGGAGUCUCCUACCUCUCUGACCCCUGUCUCAAAGAUGGAGGCCAGGGUCUCCCAACAGCCCAGGAGAGUAUCUCAAGAGCCCAAGAGGGUGCCGGACCAGUGCCCCAUGGCCACAGUGGGGUCGUCUUUGGAGAUUCUCUUGCCCACUCUCUUGGAAAUUGAGAGUAUGAAGGACAUGGCCUCCAAGGUGGAGAAGAUAAAGGAGGAAGUGGGCAUCUUUGCUCCUUCGCCCAGGUAUUUGGGGUGA